AUGGCACCGUAUGAAGCUUUAUACGGACGGCCUUGCCGUUCACCAAUAUGUUGGACAGAAGUCGGAGAAGCACCUCUUUUAGGGCCAGAGUUAAUUCAGGAAACUACCGAGAAGCCUCGCCGAGGAGUUGUUCGUUUCGGAAAGAAGGGAAAAUUGUCACCUCGCUUCAUAGGGCCUUUCGAAAUUUUGGACAAAAUAGGAGAAGUGGCGUACCGUUUGGCUCUACCGCCUCAACUGGCUGGAGUGCAUAAUGUUUUCCACGUCUCUAUGCUACGGAAAUACGAGCCACACCCUUCUCACAUCAUCAAUUGGGAGGAAAUUAAUCUUGAUGAAGACGUGACAUUUGAAGAAAAGCCUGUCAAGAUUUUAGAUCGUCGCGAGAAGAAAUUACGAGACAAAACUAUACCAUUGGUUCAAGUUCUCUGGAGACAUCGUGGGACGGAAGAGUCAACGUGGGAGCGAGAAGAUAUGAUACGUAUCAAUUACCCUCAACUAUUCGAGUCUAAAGGUACGAAUUAA